ACUUGGAUGGCCGAGAUUCACAGCAAUCAUAGAAUUUCAAGAUUGGUCACGUGUUCCCCUGGUCACUCACGUGACCCUUUGGCAUCGACCAAUUGGGUGGCGCUUCGUCCUGGCGAGAGCGAAAGGAAGAGGGUGGGGAUCAUUUUCCUUUUUGCGAUUUUUAAUCUUGCUACAUCAACGGCGGUCGUAGACAUCAUCCUGCCCGACAGAAAGGACACUGACCCUCGGGCUAAACUGUAACCUGAAACAUCAAGCAACUUCCAGAGUGCGUUCUGCAGCACUUAGAUGUGCUCUGCCUCCCCCCUCCCUGGUGACCCAUUGGCCGACUGCACCCUCACACCCCACUGGCCCUCGAACUCCUUUCUGACUUGACCACACCCCUUUCCUUUUCAAAUCCAACAUGGAGCCCAUUAAAGUCCAAUCAGAAGGUGGACUCAAUGUGACCCUAACCAUUCGGCUGCUGAUGCACGGCAAGGAGGUUGGAAGCAUCAUUGGGAAGAAAGGGGAGACGGUGAAGAAAAUGCGUGAAGACAGUGGAGCUCGCAUCAACAUCUCAGAAGGCAACUGCCCCGAACGGAUAGUCACCAUCACUGGGCCAACAGAUGCCAUCUUCAAGGCCUUCGCAAUGAUAGCCUACAAGUUUGAGGAGGAUAUCAUCAACUCUAUGAGCAACAGUCCUGCCACCAGCAAACCCCCAGUGACCCUAAGGCUUGUGGUCCCAGCCAGCCAGUGUGGCUCACUCAUUGGCAAAGGGGGCUCCAAAAUCAAAGAGAUGCGAGAGUCCACAGGCGCUCAGGUCCAGGUGGCGGGUGACAUGCUACCCAACUCAACAGAGAGGGCGGUGACCAUUUCCGGAGCGCCAGAGGCCAUCAUACAAUGUGUCAAACAGAUAUGUGUGGUGAUGCUGGAGUCCCCACCGAAAGGUGCCACAAUCCCCUACCGCCCCAAGCCUGCCUCCACCCCUGUCAUUUUUUCAGGUGGCCAGGUAAGAGCAGACCCACUGGGGGCGUCCACUGCCAACCUCAGCCUCUUACUGCAGCACCAGCCACUGCCUGCUUAUACCAUCCAAGGACAGUAUGCCAUCCCACAUCCAGAUCAGUUGAGCAAGCUCCACCAGUUGGCUAUGCAGCAAACCCCCUUUACCCCCCUCGGACAGACCACCCCUGCCUUUCCUGCAGCAGGUCUGGAUGCCAGUAACCAGGCCAGUACUCAUGAACUCACCAUUCCCAAUGAUCUAAUAGGCUGCAUAAUUGGACGCCAGGGAACCAAAAUCAACGAGAUCCGUCAGAUGUCUGGGGCACAGAUCAAAAUUGCUAACGCCAUGGAAGGGUCAUCGGAGCGCCAGAUCACCAUCACAGGGACCCCCGCCAACAUAAGCCUGGCCCAGUACCUCAUCAAUGCAAGGUUCCGAGACGUGGCGGCCAUGUGGAACGACCCAUCCUCCAUGACCACAUCCUGAGCUCCCUGUCUGGCUCUUCUAUCUGACCCUUUCCAACAACUGACGACGCCCUCCGGACUCUGGCUGUAGCUCUCCGAAAACUCCGAGCAUCGGCCGCCCUGGUCCUCCACACACCAGUGAGGCCCGAGAGCUCACUUUUAUUUCAGAGAGCCAUUUCAAAAAAGACAACUGUCUAUUGAUUACAUUUUUUAGUUUUGUUUUAGAGAACUGUUGAAGCAUGUUGAAUGUUUAUUAGCAACAACUUGUGUUACUCUUUGCUUUCUGUUCAUCUAUUCUUUUUUUUUCUCUGUCAGUACUGCGUCAUAGAACAUUUAAGAAGUAAAAGAUUGAACAUUUUGUAGAAGUAGUUCUUUGCAUUUAUUACAGCUCAGUGAUGCUAUCGGCAGAGUGUGGUGGGAUGUAGCCAAAAAUUUUGUUUUAUAAUAUAUCUUAGAAAAACGGAGCCUUUAGAAAACAAUAUUGGACUAUUCCACUUCUGUCCUAAUUUGCAUCUUUGUCAAAUUACAUCACAUGACCCUUUUUAGCCAAUGGUAUCACUCCUAGAGCCUCCCAUUUUGUGUUUAUCACCUAUAUUUAUGUAUAUUAUUGCUUAUAUUGCAUGUGUUAAGUGUUGUAUUGUUGUGUAUUUGAGCAGAACCUGUUCAGUGGACCUUGCAAUGUUAUAGCUUUGUGCUCCUGCUCUUUUCCGCUCAUGUUUUUAGCUUUUUUUUUUUCUGGCCAUUCACUUGAGUCCUACACCCUGACCAGACCUAUAGCCUCCUUCUACUACUAGUAUAUACAUGCAUGAAAGGAAAUUAGACAAAACUCAGUGGCUACAACACUGAUUGGAAAUUUAAAUGAUUGUUUAUGAUCAUAUUGUAUUUUAUUUUAUUAUUAUUAUUAUUUUUUUUGUACAAGGACUAUUUGUCAACUACGCGGCGCUCAUGCAAUAGAUGAUUCAACAUGUUUGCUCUGGACUGUCUCUGAUGUACGAGGGGUUAGUUGGCCUCAGGCUGUGUCCAAAACCUUUUGGCUUCUUUCCUUUAUUGUGUUGUGGGAGGAAAAAGCAAAAGUGCUUGGACCAAGCCAUAAGGUGUUUGUUUGAGGCCAAAGAAUGUUCGGGGGU